AUGACAGACAUUACGGCAAACAACGAGGGCAAUUCCAAUAGUAGUGAGGCUUUAGUAGAGCACCAGCAGCCGACACCGGAAUUUCUGCAGCGAAAAAUAUAUUUUCUUGUUGAUCAACUGCGCUCCUAUCACUCGGAACUUCCAGAAAACCUACAGACGCGAAUUUCCUAUGAUUUACUCACCGAACUGGCGAAUUGUGUGCUGAAUGAGGGGAUUUUUGUGAUUGUUAAAGCCCUAAUGGAAUUGCAACACGAAACCGAAAGACAUUUGAUCAAAAUGCGAAUGCAGGUGGAAAACGAGUAUGAAAUUGAGGUGGCCGAGUGGAGGAGCAAAAUCAAGGAUCCCGAGGAGCUUCACCACAUUUUGGGCCUCAUGAAAAUCAAGCACACGAAGAAACUGCUUGAAUCAGACAAGAAGAUUAUUGAAAUACUUGAUCAAAAGGUUAACGACCAACAAUCCACCCUUCAAAAGGCCGGAGUUCCCGGUUUUUAUGUCACCGAGAAUCCGAAGGAGAUCAAGAUACAAAUGUUCCUGCUGGACUUUAUUUUGCGUUUGAGUCGAUUGAAAUACGAGCCCAACAAAUGACCACUAAUUAAUAAUCCGGAGACCACAAAAGACUGCACUUGACUUGUUUAAAUUAGAAUAUAUAAGGCAAUUAAAUUAUUAACCCUGA